UAAAUAGACUAUCUUGUACCCCGGGAAUGGCCAUUAUACUACACUAACAAUAAAUUAUGAAUAUGAUUAUUAUAGGUUGAUUGAAGAAGUCCAUUAUAACUUCAGAGUAUAAUAUAUACAACACUUGGUUGACUGACAGUUACUUGAAUGAUCACCUAUGUCAAUUUCACUGACAAACCAGUUGUAGUCAGCGUUGGAUUCAAAUGCGUGGAAAGUAUGGGAGAGUACACAAGCUGAAAAAUCUUGUGGAAUUUAAAAUGUGAUUCAAGUUUAUAGAUAUGGAUGUAAAUUUUUAUAGUUAUUUAUUGAAUAUAUUAUGAAGUGGAAGCAACGUGUAUUAUUUGGUGGGAUUACAACUUUGUUCGUGUGUAGUGUAGUUUUUCUUCUACAAGCACUACCCCAAGUAAAAGUUAGUUCUUUUAGAUUAACUAAUAGUGGAAGGUAUAUGAAUUAUGGAGAAAACACUGCACACAUGUCAGCAAUUCGAAAACGGCUGAACAAAAGUAACUACACCAGCGAUGAUUUUAGUCCCGAAAAGGGGGACCCUAAUUUAGUACGUGGAUUCCAAGGAAGGCCAGUCGGUGGUGUCCGGAAUAAUGUUCAGCCACUGCAGUUCUACCCAUCAUCUAAUUUUGUAAAUUAUACAGACAAAGAUGUAGACUAUCUGUUAAAAAAGUUACAGUCCAUAAAUAAAGAAAUCUACAAUUUUGAGAAACUAAGGAAAUUGUCGUACAAACAAUUAAUAGAAAACUACAGCGACAGUAUCAAAAAAGGAAAAUAUCUCUCAGCAUACCGAACUUAUGAAGGAGCUUAUAUGACAAAUUGGGAGAAGUUCCAUAAAGGCAUCCACCAGACAGCUUUAUACGACCCAAAAGAUCAAAGCAUUAAUGGUUUGUUAAGGGAUAUGACUAACGAACCAAUUAUAGAUGUAGAAAUGAAAGAAGGCGGUACACAACUAAAGCUGAUUAUAACUUUUAGUGACGAAGGACAAGCUUUAUUUAAACCAAUGAGACAUUCCAGAGACUACGAAACAUUGCCAGACCAUUUUUAUUUUACCGAUUAUGAACGACAUAAUGCCGAAAUAGCAGCUUUCCAUUUAGACAAAGUUUUAGGAUUUUACAGAGUUCCACCAACUGCUGGUAGAAAAGUAAACAUGACAUAUGAUAUCAAAAGAUUAGCAGAUCGCAAACUAGCAAAAACAUUCUUCAAAUCUCCAGCAAACAACGUUUGCUUCCACGGGGCCUGUUCCUACUACUGUGAUACAAGUCAUGCUAUUUGUGGAAAUCCAGACAUGUUAGAAGGUUCCUUCGCCACAUUCCUCCCGCCUGAAAAAAUAGCUGCCAGAAAAACAUGGCGGAAUCCAUGGAAACGGUCCUACAGUAAACACAGAAAGGCUUACUGGGAAGCUUACGACGAUCUGUGUGAAAAGGUCAAACAGCGUGCGCCAUAUAAUAAAGGCCGACGGCUUCUUGAUCUCAUAGAUAUGCAUAUUUUUGAUUUUUUUCAAGGAAAUAUGGAUAGACAUCAUUACGAAACAAUAAAAGAUUUUGGCAAUAAUACAUUCCAUUUGCAUUUAGACAAUGGUAGAGGGUUUGGUAAAAGCAUUCAUGAUGAAAUGUCAAUUUUGGCUCCAAUCUACCAAUGCUGUCAAAUCCGUUACUCAACAUUUCUGAAGUUAGCAAAGCUUUAUGUUGGACCAGAGAAACUUAGUUCUGAAACACGAUCUUCUUUGUCCAUAGAUUCCAUAAGUCCCAUAUUAACAGAACCUCAUUUAUAUGCCUUAGACAGGCGUGUUAUCAAAGUGCUAAAAGAGAUAUAUACAUGCAUAGAAGAUGGGAAACCAAUUGAUGAAGUUAUUAUUGAUCGAUAACAGUCAUUGUUGAUGAAAGUUUAUUAAAGAAUUUUCAUUUUGAUAACAACCUCUUGAUAUUGAUAAAUAAAUGUGAAAAAAAUGAAGAAGAUAUUAAAGGGCAAUACUAUCUAUUGUGAAUGGGCGUUGAUAAAGGGAUUGGAAUGGGAUAUGAAAGUUUAGAUAUACAUGAUAUAUGAUAAUAUGAAUACUUGAAGAUUAAAUUAUUGACCACCAUGUUAAUAUAAUAGAGUAAAAGGGAUUCAAAGCUACAGUAUAUUUGAUAUGUCUGUAAUGUUCAACCAUUGAUAUUAUAAAUGACAAAUUUAAUUGUUUGUUGUUUUAUUUGAGAAAUCUCAAAACUCGUUGCUAUAAGUAUGUUCACGAGAGACACAGGAUGCUUGUUUUAUUUCAAUAAGUAGAUUGCUGGAGUUCUUGAUUAUCAAACAGCCUCUGUUAUCAUCUAAGCUAAGAAAAAACUAUUUGACUUUUCAAUCUUUUAUAAAAGUUGAAUAUUGAAAUGUUUUUCCCUUUUAUCAGUCAGUCUACAACGAUUUUGUCUAAAUGGGCUCAACUUGCUGAAAUUGUUUAGGCUUGCAAGUAAAAUAUACAUAAGUUUGCUUUCUUUCUCAUGUUCAGUUUUAAAAAGAGAAGAAUGUCAGCCUUGAAAAGUCGAACAAGUAGCCAAAAUCUUUUGAACUGAUUUCGUGAGCUUCUCUAUUGAUAUUCAUAUCUAUUUUUAUAUCGAGUCAAAGAUUAUUGACGUUCAGCAGUGGUCAUUUCUAUUGUUUAUUUGAAGGCGU